AUGAUUUGUUAGUUACAUAUAAUACAUAACUACACGUGUAUGUACUAGGUAGUAAAGUAUGAAAUAUUGCUAACCUAGUACAAUACAAUACAUUUUCUUCAUCUUUCCCCAUUCCCCAUAACAUUGAAAUGGUUGUGUAAGACUACUUAAAACGAAGCGACCUCUACGCCUUCCUAUAUAAUCAUCUCCUUUUUAUCUAAGACACUGGUAGAUGACUAAAAUGGCCGAGAAAAAGUAUCCUCUCCUCUCCAGGAGAGAGAUCGAGGGCCUAAUCGCCGACGGACGCAGCAUCUUUAUUGUUGACCAACAGGUCUUCAAGGCAGACGCUUGGCUCCAGUACCACCCAGGUGGUGACAAGGCCAUCCGACACAUGGUUGGUCGAGAUGCCACCGAUGAAGUGAACGCUCUCCAUUCCCCCGAAGCAAGGCAGCAGAUGAACCGUUAUCGAAUUGGAAGGAUCGACGGAAGAUGGACCAACUUUAUCCCCCCUAUACAGGGCGGGAAGUUCAGGUUGUUGUCGGACAACCAGGGCGUUGAAGACGCUGAGACCACCACAGGAGAAUGCGACUCGGCUUCUAUAGGAACCUUGAGUAGUCCGACUUCCCGCGACCCCUCUCCGGUGUUUGACGGUGCCGAAUCCGCCCUACGAAAGCGACGGGCUGCCAAUGAAAUACCACCUGGCUCACCCUCAACAGCCUCAGUAUCUUCCGUCGAGCCUGAGAAUGACGGGAUGUCAUACCUGGAUACCAUCACAAAGGAAAAGACGACGCUGGAUCUGGAAAAGUAUCCUUCCCUGGAUUUUACUACCCAGGAUAGUAUAGUGACCAAGUAUCGUGCCUUGGGUGAACGCAUCAAAGCCGAAGGUCUCUAUAAAUGCAACUAUGGGGCAUAUGCAAUUGAGCUUUCACGAUAUUCCCUCCUUUUUGGUCUUGCCUUUCUCUUCCUACAUUGGGGUUGGUACGCCCUGAGUGCGGUGUGCUUGGGUGCAUUCUGGCACCAACUUGUCUUUACGGCCCACGAUGCUGGCCACAUGGGUAUCACCCAUGGCUUCCACACAGAUACCGUCAUUGGUAUAAUAAUUGCCGACUUUUUGGGGGGUCUAUCUCUGGGAUGGUGGAAGCGGAACCACAAUGUGCACCACAUCGUCACCAAUGCACCCGAGCACGACCCGGAUAUCGAGCACAUGCCUUUCAUGGCCGUGUCUCAUCGUUUCUUUCAUUCUCUCCGUUCUACCUACUACGAUCACGUAAUGGAAUACGAUGCUGUCGCAAAGUUUGCCCUCAAGAUCCAGCCGUACACGUAUUAUAUACUGCUACUUUUUGGGCGUUUAAAUCUCUACCGUCUAUCUUGGGAUUAUCUGAUCAUGGGAAGAGGUCCCCGGAAGGGACCAGCGUGGUGGCACAGGUGGCUCGAGAUCACCGGCCAAAUUUUCUUCUGGACAUGGUACUUCUAUGGUAUCGUCUACAAGUCGAUUCCCAACAACGGGGAUCGAUUCAUCUUCUUCCUCAUCAGCCACAUGGUCCCGAUGCCUGUACAUGCGCAAAUCUGCCUUUCUCAUUUCGCCAUGAGCACGUCCGAUCUUGGGCCUCAUGAAUCGUUUCCUCAGAAGAUGCUUCGCACGACCAUGGACGUGGACUGUCCCCAGUGGUUAGAUUUCUUCCAUGGUGGCCUCCAAUUCCAGGUCAUACACCAUCUAUACCCUCGAAUCCCACGUCACAAUCUCCGGCGCACCCAGAAGCUGGUACAGGACUUCUGUAACGAAGUCGGCAUUCCGUAUGCCUUGUAUGGAUUCGUGGAUGGUAACAAGAAGGUCGUCGGUACACUGGCCGAAGUGUCGAGGCAAGCAGCCAUUCUCGCCAAGUGCCAGAAAGUCAUAUGUGAAAGUGAUGAUCCUAUUCAUGGGCAUCAUCACUGAAGUCUCGAUAUGACACCUGCUGUAACGUUGUAGUCUUCAUAGACCUUGUAAUUAGUAACUUCCGCCCCUUGGCGGAACGCCCACGUGGGAAUGGCCUUGGACAUAGAUGGUGUUGCAACUUUUUGCAACUUUUGCCGUAUCUUACGAUUAUCUCCCACUUAAUGUAACCAUGCUGAGAUGCCUUCAGACCAAAUCCCCUCAACCUUGGCGAAGUAUUUACUGUUGAUCCGCAUCAUAGUUCUUUACGAAUGACGAAUUGAAUGACCCGAAUGAGACUCAAGCCAACGAGAGGGUUUCAUGGCGUGCCAAUGUUUUGGCAAGCAAGGGCAGUCAAACCUACCAAUAGCCUUGCUGCUUUGAUGUACAGCCUGUCGACACUCUGACUGGAGUUGGGCGGUGUGUCAGUCGCUAGGAGUAUCUUACCCCGAGACCUCCGAAUUCUCUCCAGAAUCGGGUUCCUAUUCCCGUAGAGAGGGGAGGGCGGUCGACUACGUUGGUGCCCUACCG